AUUUCAAAAAGAUAUCCUUUUCUUAAAAGAAUUAGAAAAAGUGAGUUUGAAAGAAGGCCGCUCGUUUCUUUUAUACACCAUAACUAUCUGUAUGUAUCAGCUUUGCCAUUAACAAAAGAUGAUAGUCCGAUCAGUAUACGUUUACAUCGUAACCCUAAUCCUCUUUUUAGGCACCAUCUUUUUCAACUUCUCCGGCGAUUAUCUCCUCCGCGACUAUAUUUUCCGGCGACCUCUCCCCUCCGUCUCCCUAGAGAAUCACUUCGAUCUUAACCAGUCCUAUCUGUCACAACUGCCGCCGCCGCUUAUCCCGUCGCCGUCAAUCCCGUCUCUCUCAAUUCUCUUCCCGGAAUGGCAAGUCCUCGUCGUACUCCCGCCGGAGCAUAGUUACACAGAUUUUAAGGACCUGUUUUGCAUUUUUCCGACUAAUGAGAAAUCACCGGCAAACUUCUCCGGCGCACUGCCGUUUCCGACGCGGCCGUGUUUGAUAUGCGAGCUUCCGACGCGUGUCCGCCGGAGAUUGCCGUUUCCGGAGCCCACACUGGUCAAUUCGUCGGUGAUUAGGUAUCCGCCGAGGCUAACGCCGGUCCCUGACCUCCUCCGGUGGGAUUUCAUCGUGUACGAUGUCCUGUUCACCAAAAACGACGUCGUCGUGUUUGUUAAAGGCGUAAAUAGGCGCCAAGGAGUCAACAGGACCCCACAGGAAUUCAACUGUGUGUUGGGUGAUAACCUGGCUAACGCAGCUCGCACCCCCGUGACUAGCUCACUCCAGGAAGUGUUUCGUUGUCACCGUCCGGAUUUAUCGGACGUGUCAACUCUCGUUAGAGUCUCGCUCGAAUUCACAGCAGAUAAAACGGUGAUGCCUUCUAUUGCGUACGAGGACCCCGGGCGCAAGUUAGCAGUAGCGAAGCCAAAGUCGCUAUUGUGCGCAUGUACCAUGGUUUUCAACGUGGCCAAGUUUUUGAGAGAGUGGGUAAUUUAUCAUUCGAAAAUCGGUGUUGAGAAGUUCAUAUUUUAUGAUAAUGGCAGUUCUGAUGAAUUGUACAUUGUUCUGGAAAAGCUCGUGGAAGAAGGGUAUAAUAUUACUACGAAUUUUUGGCUAUGGCCGAAGACUCAAGAAGCUGGAUUUUCGCAUUGUGCGAUUAGUCAAAAAGACGCGUGUACAUGGAUGAUGUAUACUGAUGUGGAUGAGUUUGUUUACUCGCGUAAUUGGGCUAAUUCAACUAUUCCUUCGGAAUCGAUGUUACGUUCGAUUUUGAAAAAUGUGAGUUCGAAAGUAGGCGAACUUAUGAUCGGUUGUCACGAAUUCGGACCCUCGGACCAGAAAGAGCAUCCGGCGUUAGGGGUAAUGCAAGGGUAUAAUUGUCGAAAGAAGAUGGAAAAUCGACACAAGUCAAUUGUGUUGCUGGAUGCGAUUAGUGAUUCUUUGAAUAAUGCGGUGCAUCAUUUUGAUUUGAAGCAGGGGUACAAGGCGCGGAGGUUAAGUGCACGAGAGGUGGUUAUAAAUCACUAUAAGUUUCAAGCGUGGCCUGAGUUUAAGGCUAAGUUUAGACGGAGGGUUUCGGCGUAUGUGGUAGAUUGGAAGCAGGCUCUGAAUGCGAAGUCGAAUGAUCGGGUACCGGGCCUCGGUUUCUCGGCGGUGGAACCGAAGGGGUGGCCGCAGAAGUUUUGUGAGGUGCAUGAUAAUGAGUUGAAAAAUUUGGUGGAAAGAUGGUUUGGAGUUAGAACUGUGACUGGAUACCAUAUGGCUUGGGAAAGAAGAUGAAGAUGUGGAAUGAGUAAUUGUCAAAAUGUAACGAAAGUAAUAAUAGAGAUAGAGUAGACAUAGUGGGAAUUGCACUGGAUAUUACUUUUACAUUUUCGUUUAUUAGUUAGAUACAGAAGAUUAGGAGAUACAAGGAUCCUUGCACUUUUUCCCCAGAGAUUAUAUCAGAUACUAGUGUUUUUUUUU